AUGGAUGAAACAGUGGACAUCACAACUGAAGGUAACUCUCUUAUUAAAGCAGUCUACCAAAGCAGACUUCGUCUUACAAGAUUGUUGUUGGAAGGAGGAGCAUACAUCAACGAGAGCAAUGAUCGUGGAGAAACACCACUAAUGAUUGCUUGCAAAACAAAGCAUGUAGAUCAUCAAAGUGUCAGCAAAGUAAAAAUGAUUAAAUAUCUUCUGGAAAACAAUGCAGAUCCUAACAUCCAAGAUAAAUUUGGAAAGACAGCUUUGAUGCAUGCAUGCUUGGAGAAUGCUGGUGCAGAGGUGGUUUCUUUGCUUUUGGAAAGUGGAGCUGAUCCAAGCUUACAGGAUCGCACUGGUUUCUCUGCUUUGGUUUAUGCUGUCAACUCAGAAGAUAGAGAAACACUUAAAAUUCUGCUCAAUGCAUGUAAGGCAAAAGGCAAAGAAGUUAUUAUUAUUACAACAGACAAGUCUCCUUCUGGAAGACAGACUACAAGACAGUAUCUAAAUGUCCCACCAUCUCCAGGUGUAGAGGGAAGUAGUUCUCCAAGCCCUUGUACCUCACCCUCAGAAAUAGAGCUAAAAACCUCCCCCACUCCAUCUGAAACUGCUUUAGAACCAGAAAGGGAACUAUUUAGCUUUAAAGAGGUCAAUACUUCAGCUGGAUUCAAUGGAUUAUCAGAACCAGGUUCUCCUACUAAGAAGCCGCAUUUAAUGCAUGUUGGUGCAAAGUUACCACUCCUACAGAGACUGCACUCUGAGCCUUGGUUGAAGAUACCACCAUCUUUGCUGCAUCAACACAAAGUGUCCUCUCUACAAGAGGAACUGCAAGAUAUUACUCCAGAAGAAGAACUUUCUCUUAAAAUGAAUGGCUUAGUAUUUUCCAAGCGUUCUCUCACUCGUCAUCAGAGCAUUGAUGUGAAAGAUGCUGCACAUCUUUUAAAAACAUUUGACCAGGCCGGCGCAAGAAAGAUGUCAUAUGACGAAAUCCAUUUACAAUCCCUUUAUAAUGAUGGAUCUACUAAUAAAUCAGACAUUCCUGUAGACCAAGAUCCAGACUCAAUGCACUCAGUGUCAAGCUUAAGAAGUAUAGUUCAAAGAAGAAAUUUAGGAGCUAAUCACUACAGCUCUGAUUCUCAGCUUACAACGCGUUUAGGCCUUGUCCCUACAGAGGACAGUAAAUCACUUCUGGAAAAAAAGAAAAUGUUUUCUCCACCGUCUAUGCUGUCAGGCUCCAGAGAGUCUCUGGAAAGCAUUUCUGUUAUACCUCUAAGCAGAAGGAACCAUGCCAUGCUAGAGAGAAGGGGGUCUGGAGCAUUGCUUUUAGAUCACAUUUCUCAUACCAGGCCAGGGUUUCUUCCACCUCUGAAUGUGAAUCCUCACCCACCUAUUCCAGAUAUCAGUGUCCAUAGUAAAAUGGGUACUGUAAUGUCCACAGGUGCAAAGAUAUUCAUACCCACAGCUCCUCUGUUUCCAAAGGAAUCAAAAAGUAAGAAAAUGCUGCUUAGGAGGCAUUCAAUGCACACAGAACAGAUUAAACAACUUGUAAACUUUGAAGAAAUUGUUGGCUAA